CUCAGGGCCUUAGAAAGCGGGGUCUUAAACGUUAUCCAAUCAGAGACGCUGUCCUGGGAACUGUCCAAUCAGGCACGCAGCUGGAGCGAACAGGGCGGCUUCCGGGAUUUGGCGGGGCCUUUGUCUCUAUCUGCGGCCGGAGCUCCAGGUCUCGUCCUCACUACUCUGUGUCUUCUGCUUUUAGGGGCGCAGCCUCUGUGGCCCUAUGACCUGCCCCCUGGAAGCCUAGAAAUGGGACUGUUGACAUUUAGGGAUGUGGCCAUAGAAUUCUCUCUGGAGGAGUGGCAGUGCCUGGACACUGCACAGAAGAAUUUAUAUAGGAAUGUGAUGUUAGAGAACUACAGAAACCUGGCCUUCCUGGGUAUUGCUGUCUCUAAGCCAGACCUCAUCAUCUGUCUGGAGAAAGAAAAAGAGCCCUGGAAUGUGAAGCGAGAUGAGAUGGUGGAUGAACCCCCAGGUAUAUGUCCUCAUUUUUCUCAAGACAUUUGGCCAGAGCAGGGCUUGGAAGAAUCUUUUCAAAAAGUAAUACUAAGAAGAUUUGAAAAAUGUGGAUAUGAGAAUUUACAGUUAAGAAAAGGUUGUAAAAGUGUGGAUGAGUGUAAGGUACACAAAGAAGGUUAUAAUGGACUUAACCAGUAUUUCACAACUACCCAGGGCAAAGCAUCUCAAUGUGGUAAAUAUUUGAAAGUCUUUUAUAAAUUUAUAAAUUUAAACAGAUAUAAGAUAAGACAUAAUAGAAAGAAACCUUUCAAAUGUAAAAAUUGUGUCAAAUCAUUUUGCAUGUUUUCACACAAAACCCAGCAUAAAAGCAUAUAUACUACAGAGAAGUCCUACAAAUGUAAAGAAUGUGGAAAAACCUUUAAUUGGUCCUCAACCCUUACUAAUCAUAAGAAAACUCAUACUGAAGAAAAGCCCUACAAAUGUGAAGAAUAUGGCAAAGCUUUUAAUCAAUCCUCAAAUUAUACUACACAUAAAGUAACUCAUACUGGAGAGAAGCCUUACAAGUGUGAAGAAUGUGGCAAAGCAUUUAGCCAAUCCUCAACGCUAACCAUACAUAAGAGGAUACACACUGGAGAGAAACCCUGCAAAUGUGAAGAAUGUGGCAAAGCAUUUAGCCAACCCUCAGCACUAACCAUACAUAAAAGGAUGCACAUUGGAGAGAAACCCUACAAAUGUGAAGAAUGUGGCAAAGCAUUUGUAUGGUCCUCAACCCUAACUAGACAUAAGAGGCUGCACACUGGAGAGAAACCCUACAAAUGUGAAGAAUGUGCCAAAGCUUUUAGCCAAUUCGGACACCUUACUACACAUAGGAUAAUUCAUACUGGAGAGAAACCCUACAAAUGUGAAGAAUGUGGCAAAGCAUUUAUAUGGCCCUCAACCCUAACUAAACAUAAGAGGAUUCACACUGGAGAGAAACCCUACAAAUGUGAAGAAUGUGGCAAAGCUUUUCUUCGAUCCUCAAAUCUUACUAAACAUAAGAUAAUUCAUACUGGAGAGAAACCUUACAAGUGUGAAGAAUGCGGCAAAGCAUUUAUAUGGUCCUCAAACCUUACUGAACAUAAGAAAAUUCAUACUAGAGAGAAACCCUACAAAUGUGAAGAAUGUGGUAAAGCAUUUAGCCGAUCCUCAGCCCUAACUAUACAUAAGAGGAUGCACACUGGAGAGAAACCCUACAAAUGUGAAGAAUGUGGCAAAGCUUUUAGCCAGUCCUCAACCCUUACUGCACAUAAGAUAAUUCAUACUGGAGAGAAACCCUACAAAUGUGAAGAAUGUGGCAAAGCAUUUAUAUUGUCCUCGACCCUAUCUAAACAUAAGAGGAUUCACACUGGAGAGAAACCCUACAAAUGUGAAGAAUGUGGCAAAGCUUUUAAUCAAUCCUCAAAUCUUAGUACACAUAAGAUAAUUCAUACUGGAGAGAAACCUUACAAGUGUGAAGAAUGUGGAAAAGCAUUUAAUCGAUCCUCAAAUCUUAGUACGCAUAAGAUAAUUCAUACUGGAGAGAAACCUUACAAGUGUGACGAGUGUGGCAAAUCAUUUAUCUGGUCCUCAACCCUUUUUAAGCAUAAGAGGAUUCAUACUUGAGAGAAACCUUAAAAAGGGUAAAGAACGUGGCAAAGCAUUUAUAUAGUCCUCAACGCUAAACAUAAGAGGAUGCAAACUGGAGAGAAACCCUAUAAAUGUGAAGAAUGUGAAAAAGCUUUUAAUCCUCAAAUCUUACUAAACAUUAGAUAAUUCACACUGGAGAGAAACCUUACAAGUGUGAAGAAUGUGGGAAAGCUUUUAAUCAUUCUCAAAUCUUACUACACAUAAGAUAAUUCAUACUGGAAAUAAACCCUACAAAUGUGAAAAAUGUGGCAAAGCAUAUGGUCCACACCCCUAAGUAGACAUAAGAGGAUGCACACUGGAGAGAAACCUUACAAAUGUGAGGAAUGUGGCAAAGCCUUUAAAUGUUCCUCAACUGUUACUAAACAUAAAAUAAUUCGUACUGAAGAGAAACCCUACAAAUGUGAAAAAUGUGGCAAAGCCUUUAAGCAGUCUUCAAUCCUGAGUAACCAUAAGAGAAUUCAAACUGGAAAGAAACCCUGCAAGUCUGAAGAAUGUGGGAAAUCUUUUUUUUUUUCCAUUGCACCUUUAUUGUUUAUUCUGUUCACUGUUCAGAAUUUUCAUACAGUCUUUCUAGAAUCAAGAAGGGUGUACAGUGGUAUUCCUGCGGCUUUCUCUCCUCCACCUCCUUUCUUGUUCAGCAGCCUCCGGACCCCCAAAGGCUAAGGAAUCAGACACACCGGAUUUGGAUAGGAGCCAUGUGAUCUCAGGGAUAUUUCUUGAUCUCUCUGAGCCCUUUUUCCUUCUUCUGCAAUGUGGGGAAAAGACUCCCUCUCUCACAGAGUUACUACCAGAAUUCAAUGACUCCAAGUAUCCAAAGCAUCUGGCACAGUGCCUGGGCACACAGUACGCCCAGAUGCACCUUAGCUUCCUUCCUUCUGGCAGGGAAGAGAAGACACCUGAUAAAUCAAAGCCAGAGCCAGCUGCUUAGGGGCAUUUGCUUUAAAAAGAGCCUGGUCCCUUUAACAGAGCCCAAGAAAUGACUCUCUAAUGGUGGAAUUUCAGACACCAUAGCAUGGGUGAGGGAGAGAUCUGGAGGCAUAGACUAUAGAAGUCUUAGAAUCAUUUGAAUCCAGCCAGGCAGACUGCACUGCUUCUGCCCAGGGGCAAGGCUGGUGAUACAGUUUGGCUGUAACCCCACCCAAAUCUCAUCUUGAAUCCCCACAUGUUGUGGGGAGAGACCCAGUGGGAGGUAACUGAAUCACAGGGGCAGGUUUCCCAUGGAAUGUGGGAAAUCUUUUAACCUGUCUUCAACUUCUAUGAAACAUAAGGUAAUUCAUACUGGAGUAAAACUCUACAAAUGUGAAGAAUGUGGCAAAGUGUUUUUCUGGUCCUCAGCCCUAACUAGACAUAAGAAAAUUCAUGCUGGACAGCAACCCUACAAACGGGAAAAAAUUGGCAAAGCCUUUAACCAGUCCUCACAUCUUACUACAGAUAAGAUAACUAAUAUUGGAGAGAAAUCUUACAAGUGUGAAUAAUAUGGAAAGCCUAAAAAAGUCCUCAAUUCUUAACAGAUACAAGAUUAUUCAUACUGAAGAGAAACUCUACAAAUCUGAAAGAUGUGCCCAGUGCCUUUGACAGCAUCUCAAACUUUUCUAAACAAAAUCAUGCUGCUGACAAAUCCUAGAAAUGUGAAGAAUGUGACAAAGCCUUUAAAUGAUUGUUACACUUCAUUGUAUGUAAGAUCAUUUAUACUGGAAAAAACUACCAAUGUGGACAAUAUGGCCAAGCUUCUAACCAAUGCUCACAGCUUAUUGCACCGGUAAGCAUUUAUAUUUGAGAACAAAUGUAUAAAUAUAGACAAAGUAAAAAAGCCAUUAAUACCUGCUCACAUCUUACUCAAUAUCAGAGUUCAUACUGAAUAAAAGCAUUAAAAAUCUAAUUACCAUCAAAAGAUCAGAAAAUAUGCCUUUAAAGUGCAGAAGCGUAUUUAUUUUGAAAAAGCAUUACAAAUAUGAAGAGAGUUGUAAUACAUUUACUUGUCUCACAGAUCUUAUUGUACACAUUUUGUCCUAGAGGAAAACCCUGAGGCAGUUAUUAAAAUUUUGUUCAACAUCAGGGAGUUUAUAUUGAAGAAAACCCUGCAAAUGUAAUGAAUUUGGAAAAACAUUUUUUCAAAAACUACAAAUUAUGAAACACCAAAGGGUUCAUACUAAAAUAUAUUUUUUCAGAUGCAUUAAAUAUGAAAGAUGUUCAAUCCAAAAUUAAGUCUAUGUAAAUAUCAGGGAAUAGUUCACAGUAGAAAUAUCUAGGGCACUCAAACUUUAGACAUUACACUAAAUCAGUGCUGAGUAUAGGAAUUAAUACAAACUAAAGUUUGUGUAAACAUUAUUUGUAUAUAACUUUAAAAGAAGAAUAUUUUUUGGAGAGUUAUAAUUACAAUCAAAGUAUAACUUUUUUUUGAAAAUACAG